CCUGCAUUAACUUCUUUUGAUAUAUCAUAUUUUUUUUCCACCCAGCUAAGCCAAGACAAGCCAAGGCCAAGAGCCAAGAAAUUGAACAUGCGACCAAAAUGGAGAGGUUCAGGUUCGGUUGGAGAGAGGACAAGAACCCGCCCUGGACGAAUGACAGAAUGGAAAGCUGGUUCCGAUCGGAAGCUUACACAGAAAAGGGAAAGGAAAGAAGAAGAAUACAGAGAGAGAGAGAGGGUUUUCGGGAGUUAUUCUGGAUCCGAUCUCCCCGGUUUGAUCCUGUUUUUCCCCUUCUUCUGUGUUGUUCUUUUUUCUGUGCUAGUUUCGGAUUCAACGCUUACUCUGCCGAGCUCGAAUCAUCUUUGAAAGGGAGGUGGAUAGUAGUAGCUGGGGUUGAUGUCUUUUGUCUACUUCGAGUAAAGUAUGGAUGGGCCUUGUAGAAAGAAAGGAAAUCCGGUAGACGAGCCGGUGGGCGGGCCGGCUGGGGAAAAAAAAAAAUACUAAUGAAUGGAAAGAUUUGCUAAUCGGAUGGAAAGUGUGGUACGCAGAUGGUUCUGGAAAAAGU